AUGAUAAGAAAAACUCGUUCAAAAUCGUACAGCAGUAACAAAACAAAUAAUACUACGAGCAAAAAUAAAAUCACGCAUAAGCGUCAAAGAACAUCAAACAGUACUAUUGAGGAAUCCACAGGGGAAAAAAAAGGAAAUUCGUCCAACCCAUCUGGUGAAAGUUUUGAUGCAGAUGAUGCAUGCAAAGAUCUACUUGAUGAUCUACUAGUUGUUCCUCUUGAUGAAUUUAAUACUCCUCAUAAUAGUACCUCUUUUAAUAAUGAAUCUCUUGAGGAAUCGGACAAAUCACCUAUUAAAAAAUCAAAUUCAAAUGUAACUGACAAAUCAGAAAAAUGCCUUUUGCAUUACAAACCUAAUAUUAACUUAAGAGCUGGAUUAUCUGAAAACAAUACUGAUACCAUUUCUACUGGUGAUCCUGCAUCACAUAAUAAAAAUUCAGAAUACUACAUAUAUAAAAGAACUGAUGAUAAUACUUCCCCUAAUACUUCCUCUGAUGAAGAUACUACCACUCGUGAUAAUUUUCAAGAUGAGCCUCUUUCUGAUGGUCCUUCUAACAAUAGUGAUAUGUCUGUUAAGGAUUCAAACAAACAUAAACCAAAAUACACAUUAUGUUAUACACCUGAGAAUACUGAUAAUUUAAGAGGACAAGAAGCUGCGCCACAGCCCCGUACAGCUGGACAAGAUUUAUCAUCGAGACAUUUUAUUAAUUUGGAUCCUUCAAUUAAUCAUGCAACUUCGGAUAUGCUUGCAACUCUAGUUAACAAGACAAAAAUCAUGUUUUUAAGAGCUCGGAACCCACCACCAGCUGCAUAUAUGGAACUAGCAAAGUCAGUAGCUCCAGGGUAUACUGAGACUAGUAAAACAAUUUCUUUUCUUAAGACAAAAAUAAACGCAUACUAUGCAGAUCAUCGUUUACACUUGAAUUCUGGUGCCAGAGCAUAUGGCGAAGAAUAUAUUGACAUCAAUGGAAUCACUCUCGAAAAUAUGCCAAAUGUAGAGAGUUUAGGAUCAUUUGUAAAUGAUACUGUAAUUUAUCAAUGUCUUAAAAAUCCAUUUGCACAAGUUUCUGAUGAGUGGUGGGACAAUGAUAAGGAUGCUGUCAAUGCAUUUAGAUUGUUAAUUGCCAAAUGCAUCAAAAUUCAUAUGAUCAACAUUUUAAAAUGUAUAGAUGAACCACUUCUUACAAAUGCUUCAGCUUUAAAUGAGGUCAAGACACUUGAUUAUAUUACACGUGAUCUCACACUUCCUCACCAUAAUCAAACUAAUUUCGUCAAUGAAAUAAAUUUUAAUGCACUGGAAGCUUCUACAAGCUAUAGGAAUAGACGUGGAUGUGGACGCGAACGUGGACGUUUUUAUGGUCGUGGACGUGAAGGAUUUGGCAGAAGACAUUGAAGUAACUCGUAUUCUAUGUACUUCAUGAUGUAAUUCAUGAUGUAAUACUAUCAUUUAACACUUGAUAUUUAAUGCUACUGCAUACUGUGCAUAAUAAUUUGAAUUUAAUUACAAAUCAAACAUUGUAUUAAAAAAUUUUAUACUAUUGUUAUGAAAAAUAAGAAAGAGUACGUGAAA